UAAUAGCGGGAGCAUACUUUCAGUCUGUUUCGAGCCCGAAGAGGAAAACAUAAUUUUCGAGUUCGAGAGCUGGAUUUGCAAAAUUUAUUUAGCUUUGGGACAAAGAGAUUUUUAUUUCUUUGCUGUCCGUUUAUCUUUGUUGUAAUCAAGUGCAUUUGUUUAGAUUUAUUUUGUGGUUGGAAGAAAAACAAGAUGAACUACCUACGUUCUUAUGGAAUUUAUUUAACGGAAAUGUGUGUUUUUGAUAUUAGUUAGUGCGUGAUUUUGCCUAGGUAUAGAUUUAAUAGGUGCCCAUCACCUACCCCCAAAACACAGUGACGUACCUAAAGAUUUUUGUUUUGAAAUACGAAGAUAUUAUGCCUAUAUUUUCUAAAUAGGUAUAGAUACCCCUAAGGUAUACCUACAUAAAUCUACGCAGUGAUUAUUGUAAGCGAAGAUUAAAUUACCUGUAAAGAUAACAUAUAUCGAUCUUUGUGCGGACCCACUUUUUUAAACAAAAUUUAUUUUGUGCUUGAUUCAAUUGUUUUAUGUUUAAUAUUAUUAUGUAUACACAUAACCUUUGAAUGUAUUUUUCUGUGAUAUUUUGUGUACUAUAAAAACGUUAAACUUAAUUUGUUUUUGUGAAGAAAGAAAUUUACCUGCUAAAUAAAAAAAUUAAUAACAUGGACGUCGCGAAUUCGAACCAAUUACCGUUAGACUAUAGUUUAGGAUUUAAAAACGAAUUUAAAUCAAACGAAUUCCCGCCCAACAAUGGUUUCCCCACUAAUUUCCUCAGCAAUCAUCAUCAGCAACUGGAUUUAAGAGAUGUAACAGCCUUAAUGGGGCCGAUGGUGAAUUCACAUAACAGAAUACAACAAAUGGAUCAAAAUCAUGGCCAACCAUUGUCAGCGUUCAAGGCGGUUUUGCCCAAAAACAAAGCCGACGAUGAACUGCCUUUUGGAAUUAAUCGACUUGUGAAGGCGGAAUCCCGGAUUGCAACGGCACAAGACGAGGAUAACAACAAUUCAAUUACCCUAUCAGGCAAAAACCUCAUACACUGCAAUGUGCUGCUGGACAAUAUCGAGGGGGAAUCGUUGUCACGAUCUCGAAGUCAUUCUAGGUCCUCGCAGGUGGAUAGGUUUCGAACGAGAUCCAGAUCGAGUUCGUUGGAAUUGGAAGUUGACUCUCCUCCGCCCUUGUCUCACCAUAGGUCAACGCCACCUGUGUGUUCGCCGGCGGUGAGUGAAACUAUAUUGUCGUCUUCGGCGGCGGCGAGUCCUAAGAAAUCCGAAAUGUUCUCGGUAUCAGCCUUAUUAAGACGAGACGAGCCGAGACAUUCAAAAUCUCCAUCAUCAGUGCAAACGAAUCCCUUCGAAGUGUUUCGACCGGGAUACAAUGGGAACACAUAUGAUCCGGCGUUAUUUCCAAGGCCAAUGCUCUCUCCAUUCCCCCUCUUAGCUGCUUUUGCCUUCCAUCAAGGUCAACAGCAGCCCAAUAUAAGUUCUAGUUUUCAUCCAACAACACGACAAGAAGAAUUCUUCAGAUUAAGUAGCUUGAUGGUGCCAACGAUACAAGCACAAAAUGGUGGGAACCUUAAUCCUCAUUUAGGAUUACCGCACCCGCCACAUUUACAUUUUCAUCACAUGCCCAAAUGGCCGGGAUUACCGCAAUUCAGUGACCUCUAUUCCUGCAUGAAAUGUGAAAAAAUGUUCUCAACACCCCAUGGACUAGAAGUACAUUCUCGACGAACACACCAUGGCAAAAAACCCUAUGCUUGCGAAUUGUGCAAUAAAACCUUUGGUCAUGAAGUUAGCUUAAGCCAACAUAGGGCUGUACAUAACGUUGAAAAGGUAUUUGAAUGUAAGCAAUGCGGCAAAAGAUUCAAACGGUCGAGUACACUUUCCACGCACUUACUGAUACAUAGUGACACGAGGCCGUAUCCUUGUAGUUAUUGCGGUAAACGAUUUCACCAGAAGAGUGAUAUGAAAAAGCACACCUACAUUCACACAGGAGAAAAGCCGCACAAAUGUCAAGUUUGUGGUAAAGCAUUUAGCCAAAGCUCAAACCUGAUCACGCAUUCUCGAAAACAUACUGGUUAUAAACCAUUCUCGUGCAAACUAUGCCACAAAUCAUUUCAACGAAAAGUAGACCUAAGAAGACACAAGGAAACACAGCAUACAGACUUAAGGCCUCUUAUAGAAAGAAGUCUAACAAAACCAAAUUUUGCAAGCCCUGACGGUGAUGUUUCAUCUCUAAAUUCUUCAAUUUCAUCGAUAAAUUGUCAAAAAGUGUCUUUAAUUGUAUAACAGCAAUGUGCAAUAAUUUUUCAAUGUGUGUAUGUGAAAAUUUCUUGUUAAUUUAAUUCAUAGUAACUACAGCAUCAUCAUAAUAAAACAAAAUAAAACAAAAAAUACAUUUUAAUAUCACUAUUUGUUGUACCUAUAAUUACGAAAAAUAAUAAUAAUAAUAAUAAAAUUACUCAUAUUGAGGGUAUUUUUUAUUUUAAGUUAUAACCUAUCGUGAAAUAUAAUUAUAUAAUUCCUUCGAUGCCAAAAAAAAAAACAUUAAUUUUAGUUCAACUUCGAAACUCAAUAAGUAGGUAAUGCUUGUUUUAAAUCAAAAUAUACAUAAUUGUUAACAAAGAAAAAAAUAUAACUACUUUUCCAAGUAAUUACUUACGUGUACCAAUGAUUUUAUUUUAGUUUAUUCUUUUUUUUGUUUAUAAACGUUAAGGUAUAUAAAUUAUAUAUAUUUAUUUACAUUCAUGCUUUCCAAGGGUUACUAUACAGAAAUUUGAUAUUACAUUCCAAAGACUUAGGCUUAGUUUAUUUUUCGUUUAUAUGUAGUAAAAUUAAGUAUUUUAUUUAAAAAAUAAAUUUUAAAUUUAACUCAAAUCAAA